AUGUCGACCGAUCCGAAGCUUGACGAGCUACACAAGCAGCUCUUCGAUGAAGGGCUAAAGAUGAGACGGAGUGUUGUGGGAGAUGAAUACGUCAAUCGCGCGCUGGAGAAUGGCUCCACUGAAUUCUCACGAGCCGGACAGGAGCUCGUCACCGAGAUGUGCUGGGGAUAUGCGUGGACGCGCCCAGGACUCGACAAGAAGCAAAGAAGUCUGAUCAACAUCGGUAUGCUCAUGGCACUCAACCGCGCCCCCGAGCUCGCCGUGCAUGUGCGCGGGGCAAGGAACAAUGGCUUAUCCGAGCUUGAGAUCCGUGAAGCCAUCAUUCACGCCACAACAUACUGCGGUGUGCCGGCUGGUGUCGACGCGAUGAAAACAGCGGAGAAGGUCCUGAAUGACAUGGCAGAGAAAGGCGAAAUGCCGCGAGAAUUGGGCAACAAGAGCGAGAAGGCGUCCCGCAAGCUCAACCGGGGAAGAAGGAAAAGCGAUUCCAAUGUCCACACUGUCAACGGGCCUUUGCUAGGCUGGAGCAUCUUCAGCGUCAUGAGCGCAUUCAGUACACAGCAGAAUUAUGAGCACACUCCGGCUGGAGAUACUUAUGGCACGGCCGAGACCCGGCCGCACAAGCGCAUGCGAUCGAGUUUCGAUGCUGGACGUCCAGUCCCGGAGAUACCCAGCAUGAUGUCCUCGCCUGCUGUUUUGGAUAUGCAAUCGGCACAACAACAACCCGCGAUGUCACACGCCUCCAUGACCUUCGGUCACAACAGCCCUUACUCUUUGACAGCAUUAUCAAUGGCUGCCGAGUAUCAAGCUCUUCAAGGUAACAUGGCAAACGCUCCCACCCAUGAUGCGAUCCCAACCCCAAUGCCUUCGCAUGCUGGCACAAUAGCAGCAAGUGUCGAAGACCCGCAUACAACGAUGCUCACAGAUCAUUCUGCUCACAGUUAUGAGUCGACUUUCGGAGAGUCACUGGAUAGCCUCACUUCCUUCCUUGACAAUGAACCACUAAACUCGUAUCACUUUGCGUCUCUGAUCAAUACCGAACAGCCCAUGCCUUUCUUCUCUCCGGAUUCAUUUGGCUACGGCCAACAAAUGGCGACCGAGCCGGAGGGAACAGCUGCACCUUCACAUGUUUGGAGACCAACCCAGUCGGACGAGCCGCCGUCACUGUCACGCUUCGGCUCUCGAUUUCCUUCCUUGCAGCCAGACGACCAAUCCGCCCGGAAACGAUCAUUCGCAGAUAUUUCACAUGAGGACCGGCAGGAGAUACUCGAGAAGCUUCACCCGUUCUCCAUGGUCAUACCCAGCGAUUUCGUUCUACCGACCCGAUUAGCAUUGUGCAGAUAUAUUGCUGCGUAUAUAAACGGAUUCCACGAGCACAUGCCUUUCCUCCAUAUACCCACGAUGUCCGUGGAGACGUGUUCGAUAGAGCUACUCCUAGCAUUAGCAGCUAUCGGUGCACAAUACACUUUCGAGGGCGAAAAGGGUGUCGAGCUGUUCAAUAUAAGCAAAGCAAUUGCGACGCACCGUAUAAGGAAACGGGAUACGCGCCUGGUGCAGCUCCAGCAUCAUUCUGAGUCGGAUCAUUCGUCCACCCAGAAUCAUCAGAGCGACCAUCGUAGUCCUCAACGUAAGGGUUCCGUCUCAGGACCGCUGGGCCUACCUUCUCGAGCCGAUGUUCCUGUCCUUGGGGAAGAUCUCAUGCAAACCGCUCAAGCACUACUCUUGCUCAUGGCAUUGUGUACUUGGGCCAAACACAAAGAGAUUCUCAGAGAGGCGUUAGCAAUCCAAAGCAUAUUAGCUACGCUCAUUCGAGAUGACGGGCUUGAGACUGAGCCUCUUGAUGAGAACAUAGCCUGGUCGCACUGGAUUCGGCGCGAAACGAUCAAAAGAACCAAGUUCAUCGUCUACGGCUUUUCCAACCUCCAUUGCAUCGUCUACAACAUCCCUCCAUUUAUGUUAACAAGCGAAGUCAAGUUGCCCUUGCCUUGCAGUGCCGUAGAAUUCAAGGCACCUACGGAGGCUCUAUGGAGGGAAGCUAGGAAGAAAAGCGCGCCUGAGGUCCUGUUCCAGGAUGCAUUGAAACGUCUAUUUACAAAGCAAGGCCGCGAUGUCACUGAGGUCAACUCGUCAUCUGGAAACUACGCAUUGAUACAUGCCCUGAUACAGCAUGUUUUCUUCCUCAGACAAGUGGCACGAUGUCGGUUUGAAGGACCCGGUGACCUCAGCACAGAAGAUGUCGCGUCGCUUGAAAACGCCCUACGAAACUGGCAGACUGGAUGGCGCCAAAAUCCCGAAUCAUCGCUGGACCCCAUGUCGCAGAACGGUCCUGUUGCUUUCAACUCAACAGCUUUGCUCCGGUUGGCAUAUAUUCGUCUAUACGUAGACACCGCAGGUCGAGCUUUAGAGACACGCGACCCUGUGUUGAUCGCCAACGCAUUCCGUGCUGGACCUGCGAUUAGGCGCUCACCAAAGAUUAUAAGGGCCGUGCUACACUCGGCUCACGCACUUUCUAUACCCAUCAAGAUUGGCUAUCGUCUUGUAGCAAAGACGCAAUCUUUCAUCUGGAGCAUUCAGCACUCUUUGUGCACACUUGAGUGCGCCUAUCUUAUGAGCAAGUGGCUUGAAGCACUGUCAGUGCCAGAAGCAGACCCGCCGGUCACAGAAGACGAGCACAGAAUUAUUGCAAUCGUGAAAAGUAUGUUGGAUGAGACCGAGUUCGCCGUACCGGUCGGCAUUACACCCGACUCGCCCAACUUUACGCGACAUCUCAGCGCAGGGGUGCUCAGGGUCUGGGCGAUGAUCUUCAAAGGGUCUCAAACAUGGGCCAUCGUUGAUGUUAUCGGAAGCUCUCUCAACCUCUAUGCUGAUAUGCUGGAGUCUGGGUGA